GGCACCGCGGGGUCCUGGCCGGCCAAAGGAGGCUCGCAGAAGCAGCAGCCCGCCGCCCGACCGCAGCUGGAUUGUGAAUUUCGAUCCAGGAGACUUAUCAGUUUCAGAAAUUGAUUGGAAAGACACUGGCUCUGCCACUAACAGCCAUGUAACCUUGGAUAUGGAAGACAGCAGCAGCAUUGCCAUGUUGGUACAAGAGAUUGGAGAACAGGAGGCUGUGUUAACUGCUGAAGGAGUCCUCAGCCCUUCCUCUGAAGUUGACCAACAAAGAAAAGCUAAAGCAGAUCCAUUAGUCCACGUCAUCCAGAAGUUAAGCAAGAUAGUGGGACAUGAAAAGUCACAAAAAUGUCUUCUGAUUGGGAAAAAGCGCCCACGUCCAAGUGAGACACCACACUCUCUUGAAAAGCUAGAGAACUGUGAGAUUCCAGCUAAAGCAGCCGAGUCCCCUGCUGCUGGGGCUAGGAAAGCUGAGAUGUCACAGGCAAGUUCCACUUUUGCCUCAAAUGAUGGGAAGACUAUGUCCUACCAGUGUAGCCUUUGUAAGUUCCUGUCACCGUCCUUUUCUGUGCUGAAAGAACAUGUCAAGCAGCAUGGGCAGCAGCAUGAUGUGAUGCUCAUGUGCUCAGAGUGCCAUGCCACCUCCAGGAGCCAGCAGGAGCUCGAAGCACAUGUGGUGAGUGAGCACGAGAACAGUGCCAGCAGCCAUGCCCGGUCCAGCCCCUCAGGUCAAGGAGCCACAGAAAGAAAGAGUGAGACCAUGGUGGACAUCCCGGUGAACAUGGGCAGUCCACAGACCCAUGCUGUCCAGAGUGGAGCCAUAGCAGAGACGGGACGGAGGAAGUGGUAUGCAUAUGAACAGUACGGCAUGUAUCGGUGCUUGUUCUGUAGCUACACCUGUGGCCAGCAGCGGAUGUUAAAGACACAUGCUUGGAAACAUGCAGGGGAAGUCAACUGCUCCUAUCCAAUCUUUGAGAAUGAAAAUGAGCCCCUUGGCCUUCUGGCUUCUUCUGUGUCUGCUGCACCUGGUGGGGUCGAUGCAGUUGUCAUUGCUAUUGGGGACAGCGAACUGAGUAUCCACAAUGGGCCAUCUGUCCAAGUACAGAUUUGCAGCUCCGAGCCAUCAUCAUCUUCAUCUCCUUUAGAACAGAGCACAGAGGAGGGAGUACACCUAAGCCAGGCAGUUACCCUAGACUCUAAUGAGGAAGAAAUGCUGGAGGUGAUGUCUGAUUCCGAGGAGAAUCUGUUUGCUGAUAGUUUGCUCUCUUCAGCACAGAAAAUCAUUAGCAGUAGCCCAAAUAAAAAAGGUCACGUGAAUGUCAUUGUGGAACGUUUGCCAAGUGCUGAAGAAACCCUCCCACCAAAACAUUUCCUCAUGAAUGCUGAAAUGGAAGAGGGGAAGAGCCUGAGCCCUGCUGAAGCCCAGAGUGGGUGUGGAGGAGCAGGAAAUCUGUGCCGUGCUGAUAAAUGUACUGUUGAUAUUGGGGGAUUGAUCAUUGGCUGGAGCAGUGCAGAGAAGAAAGACAGUGAGCUAAGUAAGGGCCUGCCUCCUGAUGAGAAUGCCCCACCAGGACGGAGAAGGACAAAUUCUGAGUCUCUCAGGCUGCACUCCUUAGCUGCAGAAGCCCUUGUCACCAUGCCAAUAAGAGCUGCUGAACUAACAAGAGCCAGCCUUGGGCACUAUGGGGACAUAAACCUUUUAGAUCCAGACACUGGACAAAGGCAGAGCCAACUGAGGAAUCAUGAGAGAGAACAGCACUGCCUGCCCAACACCUUGUCAGUAGCUUCAAAUGAGCCAAGAAUUUCCCGUGAUGCUGCUGAUGGAAAGUGUGUUCAGGAAGGGAACAAGUCUUCGACACAGAAACAGUAUAGGUGUGACGUGUGUGAUUACACGAGUACAACAUACGUCGGUGUCAGAAACCACAGACGAGUCCACAACUCAGAUAAGCCAUACAGGUGCUCCUUGUGUGGGUAUGUGUGCAGCCACCCCCCUUCCUUGAAGUCACACAUGUGGAAACAUGCAAGUGACCAGAACUACAACUACGAGCAAGUUAACAAGGCCAUCAAUGAUGCAAUCUCACAAAGCGGCAGAGUUCUGGGGAAAUCCCAUGGGAAACCGCUCUUAACCAGCAGUGAAGAGAGAACUGGCCCUACCACAAACAGUCCAGAAAACUUGGUGUCGUCCUCAGAGCUCACUUCCCAGCUGCCUGGUGAAGUCGUCGAUGCCAGCGAGCUUGAGAAACUGAACCCCACGGGCAGCAGCUCUGAUGUCUCAGGAAGGAGCUGCAGCCUGGCCACACCAGGCACCGAGUACUGCGUGUUGCUUUUCUGCUGCUGCAUCUGCGGCUUUGAGUCAACUAGCAAGGAGAGCCUCCUGGAUCACAUGAAGGAACAUGAGGGGGAGAUUGUCAGCAUCAUCCUGAACAAGGACCACAGCACAGCCCUGAAUGCCAACUAGCUAGAAGCAUGUGGGGGGCACUCUCUGAACUGCAGGUCAACCUCAGUGCCAUCACGAGCUCACUAGGCAUGGAGGAAGCAGGUGGUGUGGCUGACACUUCGGUGCUUGAGUAAGGACACAGAGCUGUGACCCUGUGUGAGCCUCUGGUGCCCCUGCUUAGUGUCACCGUUUAUUAUUGAAAGUUACCAUAGUCCAGAAUCUGCAAGCAGAUGAGUUGAAAAGGCUCUGCCAAGCCACACUGGUUCAGCUCUACAGUGGCCGUGGCUCUGAUGAGGAAAGUGGCAAAUGGGAAAGGGGAGUUCCCACUGUCGCCAGGAUGGGCAGGAGGGAGAGGAAGGGUGACUUCCACUGUCUCCAGAGAGCAGUGAGGCUGAGGAAUGGGCUUCAUAAUCUUUUCCUUGUGUUGAUAGGGAUUUGUCACAGACUCAAUAUAGGGUAUGGUCCUUUACUCCCUAAAAAAGGAGAGAGAUACUCAAAUCACUCCUGGAUUAUAAACAUUUGGGAAGUAAAUUAUUGUUUCAAAUUCACAGUGACUCCAUACAAAACUCAAACCAAAUCUCAGGUUCACAGAAAUGGGUGACUUCUCAGAGGUCAACAUGAACAAACUGAGCCCACUCCUCCAGUUACACAGCUACACACACCUUCACCGCCACUGCCAGCAGUUGUCUGACAGCCUCCUCAAGAGGAGGUCGGGGACUGCUACUGCAUCACCUGUCCUUGAGCUAGGUGCUCACCUGCUUACUUAAGCACACGUAGCUUGAGAGCCAAGAAGCUUUGGGGAGGCUGGGUGUGGCGGUGCAGGCUAAAAUCCACAGGUGUUCUGAGCAGGGGCUUGCAGGUUCUCGGCCAACCUGGGUUAGCAGAACUGGGCCUCAUGAGGUUAAAAAGAUCACUUAGAGAAUGAAAGCUGAAAGUCAGGUGCCUCCAAAGCAGCACAGCUGUUAGGGUUUUCUCUACUUGGAGUUUAUGAGGUUAGUUACAGUUAACAGAACAACCCAGAUGACUGAAGGGUGGUAAAACUUAAGUCUGUCUUAAUAAGAGACUUAAGUGUGUGCUUCACAUAGUCAGGAGGCAGACAAGUGGAUUUCAGAGUUUGAGGCUAGCCUUGUCUACAUAGCAAGUUCCAGGCUAGCUAA